CAGUGACUCCGUCAGCGGGUCGGUCCGGUCGCAGCUCAGCUGUUUUUACGGUGACAUUAAGAGCAUCAACAUAAACGGGGUCAAAGUUUCUGCUCGGGGGUUUCUGGACCGUCACUUUUCUGUAUGGAUGAACGACCUUCAGCCGACACCAACAGAUAUUCAUCCAGCGUCCGGCGGCUGAGCUGCCAGCGUCUCUUCUCUCCCGUCCUGUUCUGGUCCGAUCCGCUCUGUUAGCUCUCAAUGGGGGACAAAGACUGAACAGUCCCUCAGCUGAGCUCCCACUUCCUUCAGCAGCUCCGACAGGAUCCAAAAGAAUGGCCGGAUUUCAGUUUAACUGAGAGGAGAAGAAGAGGAGGUGCAGGAGGAGGAGAACUGGUGGAGGUUCAUAAUGGAGCAAGCUCACAGCCUCCUGCUGAACGAGGAGGCGUGCAGUCAGCUGGGUGAACAUCAGAGGGCCGAGUUCAUCUUCGAAUGGCUGAACCACCUGAAGAAGCUGCUCCCCGCCACCGACAGGGCCGACAUCAAACACAACCAGCGGCGGCUGAUCGACCAGAUGUCGGACAUUCUGAUUGGCUCGCCUGGCCCGCCAACCCGCUGGCUCCUGGCUCACUGCUUGGCACUUCUCUACCGCCUGGGAGACUCCGUUCCUUCCAGCCUAUUGGUCGAGAGGUGCAACGACAUCAUCUGCAGCAAAGACGACUCUCCAUCAGGCCUCCCAACCCGGCUGGCAGCCAUUGCGUGUCUAGGCGCUCUGUUCGAGCAGCUCGGUCGGAUGCUCGUCGGCUACUUCAAGGACACGCUGGCCAACCUGCUGAAGGCCAUGAAGAGCGCCGAGUCUCAGGGUCGGUAUGAGAUCAUGUUGAGUCUGGAGAGGAUCCUGCGAGGCUUGGGGGUGAGCGCCAUGCCGUGUUACCGUGACGUCUACAAGGCGGCGAGAACCUGUCUGACGGACCGAUCAAUGGCCGUGCGCUGUGCCGCUGCCAAAUGUUUGCUGGAGCUGCAGAGGGAGGCCGUGUUCCUGUGGACCAGCGAGCUGGAGAAUGUGGCCACUCUGUGCUUCAGAGCCUUUGAAGGAUCAAACUACAACGUGAGAGUGUCUGUGGCCAAACUGCUGGGAACGCUGCUGGCUGCUGCCGUGGAGCCCAGACAGCCCAUCGCAGCCCCCAAACAAGGCGGGCGGGGUCGAACUUCCCUGGAGGAGGUGAUGGAUUUGUUGUCGGUGGGGUUCCUGCGGGGCGGGGCAGGUUUCCUCCGAGCCAGCGGAGACAUGCUGAAGGGGACCAGCUCUGUUAGCAAGGACGUCCGAAUCGGAGUCACGCAGGCAUGCGUUGUCUUCGUCUCCACCCUCGGCAGCUCCUGGUUGGAAGCAAACUCCCCGGCCUUCCUGUCUCUGCUGAUGGAGUUGGCAUCCCAUGGCAGGGCCACGCAGACACCGGGUGAUGCCGUGGUGACCCGCCGUUGCGUCUCCUUCAUCCUGAGGAGCACCCUUGGGUCUCUGCUGGGAGAGAAAGCUCAGACCAACGCCGCCAAACAGCUGUGCCUCGCUGUGGCUGCACAGAAACGAGGCAUCGAUGCAGCUCUGACUGAUGGGAACGUGGAGACCAGAGUUUCGUCUGCAGACGUCUCAGCCAGUCAGCAUGUGUUGGUCUGCUGCCUGCUGGAGCUGGGAGGACUCAUACAGGGACUGGGAUCCACGGCUGCCCCCCUUCUUACUGACAGCAGCACAGCCCUUCUGGACACGGUGAUCUCCGUCCUCCUCCACCCCACCGCCUCAGCCUGUCUGGCCGCUGCUUGGUGCCUGCGUUGCGUUGCCAUGGCAAUGCCGUCCCAGGGGUCCUUGCUGCUGGAUCGCUGUUCCGAGCGGCUGGUGGCGCUGAAGUCAUCCCCUGAAGCUGUGGCCGGGUAUGGAGCCGCUGUCGCCGCCCUGGUGGCUGCAGUGCAGCACGGCCGUCUUGGAAUACCACACACCAAGGGCAUGGUGGUGCUGGGUCUGGCUGAAGACCUGCUGCGUUCAGCCUCACAGAACAGUCGGAUCUCUCUGCAGAGGACUCAGGCCGGCUGGCUGCUCGUCUCCUCCCUCAUCACAUUAGGCCCAGCUGUAGUGGAACACCACCUGUCCCGUCUCCUCCUGCUGUGGCGGUGUGUGUUUCCUGCUUCCCUCAGGGAGCAGGAGAUGGAGCUGCGACGAGGGGACUAUUUUACGUGGCAGGUUACACUCGGGGGACGUGCCGGGGCACUUUGCGCGAUGAAGAACCUGCUGCUGCACUGCAGGGAGCUCGUCACUGAUGACAUCAUCAGCCGUCUGCUCACACCAUUGGCCUGCGCUGUGGCCCUGCUUACCAAGUUGCCUGCUCUCGUCAGGUCUUACAGCAGUUCAGUUCGUAGCUGGUCGGUCAUCUACAGGCUGAGAGUCUACGAGCUGCUCGCUCUGCUGCCCCCACACAACUACCAAGAGAGUUUUGGUUUGGUGAUGAACCAGCUGGUGACUGAUCUGUCCGGUCAGGAUAACCUGAACCAGCUGUGUUCAGAGCUCACCCUGCUGCCUCCACUCUGUCACCAUGACGACCUGCCGCUGGUCGGCCCCACCCUCCACGACACCGACCACAGAUACAUUGAGGAACAGCUCCAUGGCAGCAGUGUGGGAGGAGGCUCUCUGGACAACGAUGCCUUCAGCCUGUGUGAGAGGACUUAUGAAGCUCCCGCUCCUCUUCCUCCUCCCAUCGCUCUGACCGCUGCCGCCGUCCGCCUCUUUGGAGUGCUCUUCCCCCACAUCAUCUCUGCUCAGAGAGUGAAGAUAUUGGAGCAGUUUGUAGAAACAGUGAACCAGCUGAAAGGUCAACGCCAACAGACCGUCCGGACCCACGUCUGUGCUGCCCUCUGCAGUCUGCUUAAGCACCAGGGUGGCAUUCGAGGGUCUCUGGGUCCGGAGGAGGUGCGUUCCCCAGCGUUGUCCCUCCUAUCGGGGUCUCUGGAGAGUGCCAGUCCUCUGCUGCGCUGUCUGGCAGCUGAAGGUCUGGCCCGGCUGGUUCAGGUGGUCGGAGACCCCGGCUUCACUGUCUCCGUGUCCCUCCUCUGCUUUGACAGGCUGAAGACGGCUCGAGACGCAGCAUCUCGAAGUGGCUACGCUCUGGCUCUGGGGGCACUGUACCGCUAUACCGGAGGAAUCAGCUCACCACAACACCUGUCUACAUGCCUGGGUGUCCUGUUCACCCUGAGCCAGGACAGCACCUCACCUGAGGUCCAGACCUGGUCUCUCCACAGUCUGUCUCUGGUAGUCGACCUGUCUGGCGGUUUGUACCGCGCCCAUGCUGAGCCAUCCUUCACCCUGGUGCUCCGGCUGCUUCUGGCAGCUCCACCCACCCACCCCGAGGUGCACCACAGCCUGGGACGCUGCCUGCAUGCCCUCAUCACCUGCCUGGGCCCCGACCUGCAAGAUGAGGGUUCUGCAGUAUCCGGUCUGCGCUCCAGCUGUCUGGUGGGAUGUGAAGUGAUGCAGGCCGGUCCAGAGUGUCUGGUUCAGGCCAGAGCCAUUUCCUGUCUGCAGCAGCUGCACAUGUUCUCACCACCACACGUCAACCUGGCCAGCCUCGUACCUGCACUCUGUGAGAUCUUGUUGGAUUAUUCCAUGUUGGCCAACCUGUGCGGCUCGUACCUCUGUCUGCGACGGGCCGUGGUGGCGUGUCUGCGGCAGCUCGUGCAGCGGGAAGCUCUGGAGGUUUCCGAACACGCCGUGACUCUGGUCAAAGAGCUGCCGAGACGGGACAACACACAGCUGGACGUCACCAUAAAGGAAGUGGGUCUGGAAGGAGCUCUGUUCACUCUGUUGGACCGGGAGUCAGAUCCAGGUCUGAGGAAUGACAUCCAGGAGACUCUGGUCCACAUGAUGGCGUCCAGCGCCACCAGUGGAAAACUGGGACACUGGCUGAAACUCUGCAAAGACGUCCUGUCUGCAACCACCGAUUGUCAGACUCCGGUUGAGGCAAGUCAAGAGGACGAGGAGGCAGACCCCAGCAGAGACGACGACUCCUCUGCUUUCAGAGCUCGCUCAGAGUCUGGCGGCCCGUUCACGGCUCUGCGCUGGGCCACGCGCCGCUUCGCCAUGGAGUGUGUGUGUCGCAUCAUAGCUCAGUGUGAGACUGCAGACCCGGCUCACUUCGACAUGGCUCUGGCUCAGGAGAGACGGCUGCAUGAGUCCACUGACUUUCUGGUCCUCCAUCUUGGUGACCUGGUCCGCAUGGCGUUCAUGGCGGCCACAGACCACAGUGACCAGCUGCGGCUAGCGGGUCUCCAGACUCUGCUGGUGAUCAUCAGACGCUUCUCGGCCAUCCCCGAACCAGAGUUCCCCGGUCAUGUGAUCCUGGAGCAGUACCAGGCCAACGUUGGAGCUGCUCUCAGACCUGCCUUCACUGCUGACGCUCCUCCUGACGUCACCGCCAAGGCCUGUCAGGUCUGCAGUGCCUGGAUUGCCAGCGGUGUGGUCAGUGACCUCCGUGACCUGCGGCGAGUUCAUCAGCUCCUGGCCUCCUCAUUGGCUAAAGUCCAGGCCGGGAGGGACACGUGCAGCCAGCUGUACAACGAGGCCACCGCCACUAUGGAAACACUGGCCGUCCUGAAGGCCUGGGCUGAGGUUUACAUUGUCGCUGUUCAGAGGAGCAGACAGAAGGAGAGCUCCUCUCUGGCUACCGAAGGCUCGGGCUCUGAUUCAGGAGGCGCAGGCCUUCUGAAUCUGGUCCAGUCAGAUCUGUCGACACUGAGCCGUCUGUGGUUGGCGGCGCUGCAGGACUAUGCCCUGCUCACCCUCCCACAGGAGUACACACCACAGCUACCAGCAACAGGAGGUUCUUUCUACACGGCGGAGACAGUGAACCAGGCCAGAGCUCAUUACUCUUCCUCCUGGGCUCCCAUCCUCCAUGCCACUUCCCUCUGGCUCCACAGCACCGGUUUUGUGAUGUCAGACGAUACACCUGCCAACCUGUCCAGACCGGCCACGCCCACCUCCAUGGGACACACCGGCUCUAUGGGCGGAGCCAAAAGUCCAGAGGACAUCAACUCCGACAGACUGCAUCUCCUACUGGGGAUCAGUGUGGAGUUCCUGUGUUCUCCACACUCUGAGGACCAGAUGGAGAACAUCACUUCCUGUCUGCGAGCUCUGCAGGCACUGCUGGACGUACCCUGGCCCCGAACUAAGAUCGGAAACGACCAGGCUCUCAGUGUGGAGCUGCUCAGCGUACUCCACCGGCUGAUGGUGACCAGAGAGUCAGUGUCCGUUCAGCUCGCUGUGUUGGAUUUACUGCGACAGAUCGUGACGGCCGCUCAGGAGCACGUCAGGGAGAAACGUCACAGCGCUGAAGUGGAUGACGGAGCGGCGGAGAAGGAGACGCUGCCGGAGUUUGGCGAGGGACGGGACACCGGAGGUUUGAUUCCUGGACGCUCGCUGGUGUUCGGAGCACUGGAGCUCUGCCUCUGUGUACUGGUCCGGAAACUUCCACAGCUCAGUCCCAAACUGGCUGGAACCAGCCCAACUGGUCCUGGCGGCUCAGUCUGGAGUCUGAGCGACAGCGACUGUCAGCUGGUGUCGUCGGCUCUGUGCGUCCUGUCUGAGCUGCCGUCCGUCUGCUCCCCAGAAGGCAGCGUCUCCAUCCUACCCACUGUCCUCUACCUGCUGCUGGGAGUCCUCCGAGAGCUGGUCCACCAGUCCAGCACGCACAUUGCUAACACAGGUGCCCCUGUGGCGGGCUCGGUGGGCGGUGCUGGUCUGGGUUCGGUAGUUCAGGCGGCCCUUCAGGCUCUGAAGUCCGUUGUGACGUCUCCGAUGAGCCGGCAGGAGAAGAGCCGAGGAGCCUGGAACCUGCUGCUGAGAUCAGCUCUGAAUACUCUGCUGAGACUCUGGGACAGUGGAGACUCUGUGGUGGAUCAGAUCAGCCUGCUCACAGCUCUGACCGUCUUCCUGCUGUCUGCCGGUCCUGACGUCUGCACCGUGGAGCCUCUGCACGCGCUCUGUCUGCAGCGCUUCACAGCCAGCAUGGACGCCAAAGACCCCCUGGUUGUGAGUCGGUGCUAUCAGCUGUUAACGUCAGUGUUUCAGGCUCCGCCCGGCGUGGCCGUCCCAUACAUCCAGGCGCUUGGACCGCCACUGGUUCGAUUCCUCCAGAAGGUGGAGAGGAGUCGUCCUCAGAGUCCAGAGGAGCUGAUGGGAGUCCUGGAGGCAGUCCGAGCCAUGGAGGCUCUGGUCCAGGCUGCGGAUGAGUCACAGCGUCCUCAGCUGGUGGCCAUCUUGUUGCCCCUCCUCAUCUCCUUCCUCCUGGAUGAAAACGCUCUGGGAUCGGCCCCCGCGGCGUCCCGGUCCCUACAUGAGGCGGCGCUCAAAGACCUGAUGCGUCUCGGCCCUCAACACUCAGCCGUGUUCCGGUCUCUCAUUGCGUCGUCCCCUCACCUGAAGUCUCGCCUGGAAGCCGCCGUCAAAGGAAACCAGGAGAGUCUGAACGCUAAAGCCAGCAGCGCUAACGCCGCCGCCCGCAGCACCGCCAAGUCCUCGCCCAGCAUCACGCUCAAAACCAACUUCCUGUGAGACGCUUCACCUGCAGCACCGCAGGCGGGACGUCAGUGUGACCAACGCACCGUGCUGCGCUCACUGUCCCCUCAGACAAACGGUACUUUUGUUGUCAGAGAAUCUGAUCGGUAACAUGAAGAAUGAAAUUCAAGCGGUGGGUCGGGCGCGCUGCCAUGUUGUAAAAAUUAGGAAACAAAAGCCAUAUCAUGACAUCCACGUGUUUUAAUGUUCAGGGUAACAAUCUUUGAUGUCAUCAUGACUUUUCCAACAUGGCGGCGUGUUCCUCUGAUAGCAAUUGAAACAUACGCCGCAUGUCACUAAAUCAUACAUCACUGUUAUUGUUCAUUCUGUCAAGACGUUCAAUUCUGGUGGUUUUACACGUUUUAUCUCAUCAACUACGAAUCUGAAAUACUCUCUAUCCCUGCUGAUUAUUUUUCAAAAACCUCAUCAAAUUUCGAUUUCCUUCUUUAUAAGAAGUCGCUGCUGUCAGUUCAACGCUAUGGAAAUCCAGAUAAUCCAUCACAGUCAGCUGUUAGAGUGAAACUCUCCACGUUUCUCACCUCUUAACUUAGGUAAUGUUGGCAAAAUGCUAACUAACUAGCUAACUAAUCUACAGCAUAGCCAGUGAUUAAUUGAGGAAGUGUUCCAGCUCGUAAAAUGAGUAAAGUGAGCAGUGGAAGUCUGGAGGGAAGAAGGAAACUGUCAGCGGUGAUAUGAAAUAUUGAUGACGCAUCGAUGAGCGGAUUGAAUCAGCAGAAGCAGAAUAUAUAUAUAUAUAUACUUUUUUUUUUUUUUUUUUUUUUUUUUAUGUUGAAUGUAUUUUUCGUGUUUAACUUGGAGGUAUUGCAGAUGGUUCAGUGUUAUGAUCGUCAUUAAUGAGUGAAUUUAUUCAGUCAUCAGUGAGUUUAAACUUUAUGAAGUGCAGUGAUUCAUAUUUCACGUCAUAUAUGAUGAAUAUGAAAUGUUAGAUUUUAACAUCUGAAGGUUUUUCAUCCCAAAAUCACGCUGAUGAAAUGUUAACGUUCAUCGUGUCACUGAGGAGAAACAAAAGUCAUUCAAGUAGUUUGUUUUUGGUUAAUGUCAUGACAAACUACAGACAUUAUUUUAGAUCUUGAUUAUGCUCUUAAGUUUUGUAAACACAAGUUUUUAAAAAUUGUUUCUGGGUGUCUGUUGGUUUUGUUGGUGUUUGUGAUGAAAAACUUCAUUUUGUUAGCGAGGAUCACGGAGUGAACAGACCUGAGUCAAACAGCUCAGAUGGGCAGAUGUGAGUGUGAUUUAACUCAAACAGUUAGAAGUUGGAUUCAAAAAGACACCUUUAUAGGGCGAAAAGAACAGAGUGAGACGACUUUUAAACUCUGAACAUUGAAAUUAAACUGAAGUGAAUUUGGGCCACGCCAGGAAAACAUCAAAAUGCCAAAAUUGUGAGAUUGAAGUCUGAAUUUGGAGGAAUCAGAUUGAUGAGAAUUAUAAACAAAAAGAACAAAAUUGUACGUCUCAAUUAAAGGUCCAUGCGUUCCUUUUAUUCAGUGGUAUAGGCCACGCCCAUUUCUGUCUGUACAUGUUUUUGCAGUUUUAUGCAAAAUAUGCAAAUAUACAAACUUCGACACACUAAAAAACGUUAUUUUAAUAGUUAGUUGUUAAAUAGUUAAAUGUUAGUUUUUGGUAACAAACAUUGAGCAAAAGAUUCUCCAGAUUAUGCAAACUUUUGUCUUUCAACCCCGUGAGUUCUCCAGAUCUGUAAAACCAAAUAUGAUGCAAAUGCACCAAUAGGUAGGACUGUAACACAAUUUUGUCUUUGGACCAACAUUUUUCAAAUUUUAGACACAUCUGUAAACAUUUAUUUGAAUAUUCAAAGUUCAUAUUUUAGCGUCAGAGCAACAAGAAAUCCAAAUGAAACUGCCAGUCCCAUUAUUGAAGCAGAUUUACUGAAUUUAGUGCAAAUCUCAGAUGGACAUUUGGAGGUGUGACGACACAAUUAGCUCGUAGCUAACUUUCAAAACUUUAAAAAAUAAACUGCCACUAGAUGGCAGCAUGGCCCCAUAAAAGAGUUCCAAAGAGCCUUUUUUAGUUUGGAGUUGUGUUGGCGUGAUUUUUUUUUUUUCCCGGUGAUUCAAAAAAACAACUGAAAGUCAAAUGUUGGAGUGAGACUUUAAUCUCAGACGUUUACCAUAAAGAAUACACAGGAGAGCGUCUCAAAGUCUCCACCCGCCUGAGCCACUUGUGCAAUUAAACAAACAGUAGCUGUCUGUGCUGUUUGAUCAGGUCCGUCAAUGAAAGGGAAUAUUCAGUCACUUGAGGCUUUUAUUUUGAAAUAAGUGUCAUCGUCAUGUACGUCAUGAUGUAAGCAGGAAAACAAUCUGAAGCUGGCUGAAAAAGAAGCUGCAUCACUAACAGUGAAGGAGGUCAGAGGUCAUGUCCACACAUCUCCUGACCUCCGUCUGAAUGUCAGUAACAGAAAAAGAGUUCUUUAUUUUUUUAGUGAAAUGUUGAUCUGUUGGUUUUGAAGUCGUCUGACAAAUCAUAUAAAAAUGCAACCUGAAGACUCUCUGAUUGUUAUAAGUCAUAUGGUGGCCUGUGAGGGACAAUUUAGUCAUCAGCACUUUAGUUUAAGGACACUACACCAACCACGUGAUGUUUUCUCGGUUGAGUCGUGCGCAGACUGACCUGAAAGAAAGUACGUUUGGUUGUCUUAAUGUGAAUGUUCGUGUCAGUAAAACAUUUCCAACAUGAUUUCAUUGUAAUUCUCCGUCUUAAACAAAAACACUAAAGAUUUACCUGCAAUAAGUGUAUCGACCAGGUGAGCUGUGUGCUUCCAGCUUCAGCAGUUUCUCUCUGCUUCACACACACACACACACACCAGCUGUACAAGUGUGUGUGUUUCCGAGUGUGUGAGCUCACCUGUGAACUGUACAGGUGUGUCCUGAAUGAAUGAGUUAACAUGUUGUUUUCUAACGGCAGUGAGUGAAUAAAAUCUGUUUUUCUUCUAA